AUGCAGAGAAUUCGAAAGGAAGAUUACCUCGGCAAGUGUAAAAACCGAGACGACUUUGUUUACACCCACGUGAGGGACAUACUAUCCCAUCAACCCUUCGACGAAAUUUUAGAAUAUCAAAAUGGGGAUGUGUACAUCGGUACGAUCAAGAACAAGAAGCGACACGGUUAUGGCUACUACAUCUACAAGGAAAUUGGGAGCGUCUAUGAGGGAGAAUGGAUCGAAAACGCGAAGAGUGGCUACGGAACGUUGUAUAACGAGCAGGGAAUUGUCUACUCUGGCGAAUGGCUGAACAACAUUUCCCACGGAUUUGGAUGCACCUACACAAAUGAGCAGCUCUUCCUUGGGACGUACAAAUUUGGACUGAUGGAUGGAGUGGGAAUAUUAAAGAAAAACACGAGUUACAACUUUUGUUUGUUCCAAUCGAACAGGAAAAAAUGCAAAAUAAAAAUUACGAAACAUAUGGACAUAUAUCUUCAUUACUAUAAGAAGGAGAAACUUUUUUUGAAGGAAAAUUUAAAUGCCUUUUUUCCUAUAUACACGGACAGUAGCAUCUCACGUUCGGUGCGCAAGCAAAUUUUUGAGCAUCUGUUUGGUGUAGACAAAUCUUUUGUGCAAUUCUUUGCAAAGAGGGAGACAAAUGGUUGCGGAAGUGGUUGCGGAAGUGGUUGCGGAAAUGAUUGUGGAAAUGGUAACGGAAAAGGCAAACCCCGUGGAGGCUUCCUAAGCUACGUAAACUAUGAAUCGAAGAUAAAUUUUCUGAAGGGGCUAAUUAGUAAAGGGGCUAAAGGAGGAAUAGGACAGGAGGGACAACCUGACGGUAGUGUCUGUAGCACGGAUGAAUCUGUUUCGAAUUUCAUCCCCAAAGGGGAGACAAACCAAGGCAGUGCUUUUAAUUUUUUUCCACUUCAUGAGGAUAUGAAUCCAAGGGGGGAUUUACCCUCAAGGGAGACAUUGAAAGAUUCAACAAGGCCUAACAAGCGUAAUGAGGGAAGGUACGCCCCCUUUGUGGAAGCGUCAGUAGAGGGUGCAAACUGUUUGUAUAAUUCAAGUGAUUUUUUGAAUGUUCUUCCACACCUUAAAUUGAUGGACCUCCUUUAUAAAUCCGAUUCGGAAAUCGACAGCGAGUUUUGCCCAGACGCGACUCCAUGUAGUGCCUCCUCUGCAGAACAGCACUUUAAAGUGAAGAAAAAAAUAGCGGUACCAAUCCGUUCAGUUUUCCAUUCAAACUUCGGUUCGCGGGAGAAGAGGAUAACAAGAGUGAAAGGGCAGGGAAGAAGAAGGAGAUUAAAAUUGUAUAAGCUACUUGUGGGUAGAUGUUGUAAGGUGGGCUAUGGGGGGGACAAAGGAGAAAGUACCUUAUCGAAUGAGAAUAGUGAAUCUACUGCAGUGUGCAGGGGUGUACAGUGGGGGAGCGGAGAUUCGAUACAGUGUGUAUCAAGGAAGGCGGAAAUUAAUAGGAACAUAUUCCGCGGAAAAGCCAUUGCGGGGUCAAGAAGGGAAAUGGCACGGAUGCAGGUUCAGGAACAGAUGCAGAGACAGAUGAAGAGACAGAUGAAGAGACAGGGGAAGAGGCAAAGAAAGAAAGCGUCUUUAAUGGCGCAAACGCCAUCAACCAUCACACGCCUGCUGAGCUACCUAAAAUACAAAAACAAGAAAAACAAAAUAGAGUGCAUUUAUCAGUGGAGGAGUUACCAUAUAUUUGUUCUUCUCCAUCUGUUCGGCCUGCACAACUACAUAACUUCUUUCAAGUACAACCAAAUAAAUGGCUUCCACUUUUUCACCCUUAAUCGGAAAAUGCUAAGGAUGCUGGGGGUGGAGAAAAAUCAUCACAUAUAUUUCCUUCUUAACUUUGUAAAUUCAUUUAGCCAUCUACAUAAUACGUACCUGCAAAUGCUCGUCAGCUUCGGGAAUAUAAGAGGGGAUGCCUUGGUAACAUUCAGCUCCAUUCCCAAGUCGGAGUUGGUUGUGCUCAGGCGGUUAGACAGAUGCAGCGUUGGGAAGGCAUCGUACCUGUGUUACUAUGCAAACGCCCCCGUGAGGUUGAAAAUGUUUUCACGGAAGGAGAGAGCAGUGGGCCCAUCUUCCGGAGGGGUGUCAGGUGAUGAGCGGGAUGACCUACCAGAUGGUGCUUCUAUCUGUGAUGAUGGCACUGUCGAAGGGACGAACGCACACUUGACAAAUCCUCUGGUUACCGCCGCGCAAAAGUUUCUCUUCGAUGAACACCAGCUUAACAACAUAGGGGAAAGCAUCUUGGACGGCUGGGCCAGUAUCAAAAGUAACUUGGUGAAUCUGGAAUCGCACGAAAUGUUUAAACGUUUGAAAGGAAGGGAUUUCCAUGCAAAGACUCAAGUAGAAGGAAUCAAACAGAAGGAGAAAAGUGAAAAAGAGGAUGCACAGGACAGGCCUGCAACCUUGAUGGAAAGGGUCCAAAGAAGAAUAGAAUUCAUGAAGGAGCAUUUUAUCCUAUCAAAUUUGAGGCACCCCAAUGUGAUCAAAUAUAUAGGCAACGUUAUAAGUAGGAAGAAGGAAAAAUUCGGUUUGGUUUUUGAGUUCCUGAGUGGGAUGUAUCUCCACGAUAUAAUAUACACCGUAAGUGCCUCCCCUCAGGGGGAAGGACAAACGCGUGAAGAAGAGGGAGAAAAUAAAACCUGCAUGAAGGCACUAAGAAAUGAGAAUAUUGUUAAGCUUUUUUACGAAAUCGCAUCUGCAUUAUUUUACUUACAUAGUAAACAUAUAGUUCAUGGAAAUAUAGAGAGCAAAAAUAUAUUCGUGUCGGAAGAUGGCGGGGGCAUUAAGCUGUGUAACUUUGAGAAAGCCUCCAUAGAGAGUUACUACGAUUAUAAGGUAAAUGCAUCGGGGGUGAAUUCCAUUUACGAAUCAAACAAGCGGUCGCACCUGUUGUACCAGUCAUACCGAUGGGGAAGUGCCGAGAGAAGUGAAAAGGCAAAGGAGCACAUAGACGAUGUUCCUUACACACAUGGAAGAAACAAACAUAUUAGGCAUAUUAAAUACGUAGAGGGAGAAAAAAUGAAUUUGCCUUUACCAUAUAUAACCUGCAUGAAUGAAAUCCAAAAUAUAAACACGACGAUGAACUCUCCUUUGCUACUUUUUCAAGCCAAAAAGUUCGACAAGCGAAAUGUUCGUUGUGAUGACGCUUAUGCCGCUCCAGAGGUAUUAAGAGAAGAAGAACAUACAGACAAGGGUGAUAUCUACUCAUUUGGAGUUGUCAUGUAUGAAGUUCUGUUUGGUACUUUGCCAUUCAGGGGUAAUUAUAUGCCACCCUUCUUUUGGUUGUGCACUUCCUUUAAGCAGAAGUACAUUUAUAUCGAUAUAAAAAAAUUGCAUGGGAAAUUCUCUAAUAGAAGGCUGUUCCAUUUGGUAGUGAGUAAAAUUCUACUGGUCAUGCGUCAGUGCCUUAACCCGGAACCCACUUGUAGACCCGACUCAGCGUAUCUGUGCAGGCACUUCGGACGUCUCCUGGGAGAGCUCAAGGAGUGUAGCCUAUAG